AUGGUAGCGUUGAGAUUUUUAAUUGAGAACAAAAACACAGUCUGUUUUACGCUAUUAGUUGCUUUGGUUCUUUCACUGUACCUACUAGUUUAUUUGUUUUCGCAUAACCCAAGGCCGUCAUAUCCAGAGGAGCUCAAAUACACAGCUAUUGAUGAUAAUGGUGUCGAAAUAACUCGUGCUUUACCUAACUUGGGUGAGCUUCAGGGUGAUGAGGACCAAAAAAUAUUUUUGUCUGUUGUUAUCCCCAGCUAUAACGAAACAGCGAGAAUUUUACUAAUGCUGACAGAUGCAAUCAACUUUUUAAAGAAAAAGUAUGGUACUAGGUGGGAAAUUGUGAUAGUGGAUGACGGUUCCACGGAUAAUACAACGCAAUAUUGUUUGAAAAUCUGUAGAGAACAGUUCAAGUUAAACUAUGAACAGUUCAGAAUCAUUAAACUCUCGGAAAACAGAGGUAAAGGUGGUGCAGUGAGACAAGGUUUUUUACAUAUAAGAGGUAAAUAUGGUCUGUUCGCAGAUGCUGAUGGUGCUAGUAAGUUUAGUGACGUGGAAAAGCUUGUGGAGGCUAUAAAAACAAUUGAAACUUCUGACACAGAUGCAAAUGCGAUCAAACCAGCCGUAGCCAUUGGUUCCAGAGCACACAUGGUAAAUACCGAGGCUGUCAUAAAGAGGUCAAUGAUUAGAAAUUGCCUGAUGUACGGUUUUCACACACUAGUUUUCAUUUUUGGCAUCAGAUCUAUCAAGGACACACAAUGCGGGUUCAAAUUGUUUAAUAGAGCUGCUAUAUUGAGAAUUUUUCCUUAUUUGCAUACCGAAGGUUGGAUUUUUGACGUGGAAAUCUUGAUAUUGGCCAUCAGGAAACGAAUCCAAAUUAAAGAGAUACCAAUUUCCUGGCAUGAGGUUGACGGCUCUAAGAUGGCUUUAGCUGUUGAUAGUAUUAAAAUGGCGAAAGAUUUAGUUGUCAUAAGAAUGGCCUAUUUAUUAGGGAUAUAUAGAGAUAAUAAGAAAUGUUAG